UCCAAGAUGACCAAGAAAUGGAGGAACAGCGGGCGGGCCAAGAAGGACUGCCGGCACGUGCAGCCCAUUCGCUGCACCAACUGUGCCCGCUGCAUGCCCAAGGACAAAGCCAUCAAGAAGUUUGUCAUCAGGAAUAUCGUGGAGGCCACUGCCGUGAGGGACAUUUCCGAAGCCAGUGUCUUCGAUGCUUAUGUACUUCCCAAGCUGUAUGUCAAGUUGCACUAUUGUGUGAGUGGCGCCAUUCACAGCAAGGUAGUAAGGAAUCGUUCUCGCGAGACCCGCAAGGACCGAACGCUUCCACUGAGGUUCAGACCUGCGGGUGCUGCCCCAAGACCUCCACCAAAACCUAUGUAAAGCAGCUAAAAACAUUAAGAAUUGAAGACAAUGUCCUCUGAGGGGAAAUAAAAUGGAAAUUAAUACUUAAAAAAAAACAUACAAAGAGUAAA